AUGAUUUUUCACGCACUUUGUUUACUGUCUUAUGUCACGCCUUCUGAUGUCCUUCCCGUGAUCAUCCAGCCUGGUGACAUAUACAUAAUCGGUAUUUAUUCUAUCACUUUCAAAAACCAAGCUGGCCAUGCAUACGAUAAAGCAGCUUUAUUUAAUCAUUUAGUAGUAAAAGACAUAUUACAAGAUGAAAACGAAGUUCUUACUAUGGUUGCACUUAGUCAGAAUAGUACGAAAAUGCAAGUCGGAUAUAUGGCUUACAACGUAGCUGGCAAUCAAACGAAAUUGGCCGAAAUAAUGGCAUCAAUCUUACUUGAUAAACAAUUUCGGAUUGAACAUAAACUUGGUUUAAAUAAAAAUCAAACUUGUAAUUGUGAUAGCUCAGCUUCAAUAUAUAACAUCGUUGCAGUAAUUAGCCUCGUUUCUUCUCAAUUAAACAAACUUGUUUCAGAGCUUUUAGUUCCCUACAAAAUAUUAUUACUGGGUUAUAAAGACAAAUUCAGUACAUUUGAAAGGUAUUCGCAAGAAUUUCCUUUGUUCCUUUUAAUGGAAAAACAUUACGAUCAAGCUUUGAGCUUUAUACAUAUGAUAAACCAUUUUCAAUGGGAAAAAGUUGCAUUGGUAUCCGUUGUAAGCGAAACAGAAGAGUCAAAUGAACAAAUCGACAACGUCAUCAAGUUACUGUCGCAAAAUUAUCGCCGUAUUUGCUUUGUAGUGGAGCAGAUUCCUAUGAGCAAAAUGGACAGUUUAAUGAGUAAAUUACAGAACACUACGAAUAUUGACAUAGUGUAUAUGAUAGGAAACGGACUUGAUACUUUUACCUUUCUAUACGAACUAGACAAGCGAAAAAUAUAUGGUAAAACUUUGUUUGUUGCUGGAUCGUAUAUGCUGACUACAGCAUUUUUAAGCUUUAUCUCAAAUAGAAUUACUCGUGGUCUGUAUUUUACCAGGAUGGAUAUGCAAAAGCAUUACGGACAUGGCGAUGUAAACAUCUUCGACGAUAUUUGGGUACAACAUUUAGUAAGGAGACAAAAUAUAGAAAAACGAAGUUUGGCAGCAUAUUCUAAAACUGAGAAUUUAACGGCGCCGAGUUUUUUACAAGAGUUUUUACGAGAAAUAUUGUUUCAAGUGUGGACGAAGGGACCAAAUAUAAGCGAUAUUCAAAAUGGCACAAACCUAUUUGUGCAAUCAAACAAGCAUUUUGGGAAUCCCUAUAUUAUGACUAACAUUAAGUCACCCAAUCAGAAAGCCAUAUUUAGUACUUUAGACAUCCCAGAUGACUUAAUGUGGCCAGGUGAGUAUAAGUAUCCACCAAGUUCGAAAUGUAUGACUACAGAAUGCUCACCUGGUACAGAGCCCCGAAUAGGUGACGUCCAUAAGAAUAACACUUAUUGGCAAAAGGAACGAAAGUGGUUAUGCGUGCCAUGUAAAACAAAUUAUGUGAAAAUUUCAUAUGGACUAACAAAAUGCAGAAAGUGCAUAGGUGAAUAUGUUUCAAAUAGGGAAAGAACUAAAUGCGUUGAUCCGUAUGAAGAUUUCUAUUUGAAAAGCGAAGACACAAUUAUGAUUUGGAUAUAUUCUCUUUGCUGUAUAGAAUGUUGUCUUCUUCUUUUUAUGGCUGUGCUAUUCAGCUUCUAUCAGCACACUCCUGUCAUUCGUGCAUCAGACUACAAAAUGACCAUGCUACAACUUGCGGUGUAUUUUCUCAUAAGUAUUCUGUCAAUUACGUUUUUUGUUGGUCAGCCAAAGCUGUUCACCUGCAGGUAUCGAUCGCUUAUAGUUGGAUUGCUUUUGACAUGCGCAGCAAGUAUAACAUUGGUUAAAACACAGAGAGCUUUUUAUCUCUUUAAACUAAGACGAAGAAUGACAAAAGACGAAGUCAGAAUGACCAAAGCUGGAUGCUGGCUUGUGAUUGUGCUCUUCUGCAGCAUCGAGCUUGUCAUCGGUUUUGUGCAUCUCCUUCAUGAGACCAUAAGCGUACACGAAAAGUUAGAAAGAAAUUCAAUGAGAAGAAACAUUUACUGUUCGAGCGAAAAGCACCUUCAAGUUCAGAUCGGGCUGGCAUUAAUAACAUCUUUGCUUUGUGUUAUUCAAGGAUUUCGAGCAAGGCAUCUCCCAGAAAACUUCAAUGAAACAAAGUACAUCACCUUUUCAACUUUUACGUCUACUUUAAUCUUACUCACUCUUUUCCCUUUGCAUUACAGCCAACAGGACAAUCGAGGCAAGACAGUUGUGAACGUUUUUGUCUUGCUUGUUACAAAUUUAGUGUGUUUUUGUAUCAUGCAUGUGAAAAAAGUUGUGGUUCUUCUUAUCUAUCCCAGUCAGAACACCAUACAGGCAUUUCAAGAAAGUCGUAUUCAAGCCGUCAAGGAUCAAGUUCAUGAAGAGAUAAACAUAAAUUGA